CCUUUCCGAGUAGAAGGGGCUGCGGCGGUGCUCCGAGCUCACUUACCUGGAAGUAAGGGCCCCCGGAAUCCGCGGCACUUACUUCCAACCAAGUGCGUUUGGAGAGGGGCGCGCGGAGAAGGUCAGCUCUUGGGUCUGGUACCGCCCCCCCGCGCGCGCGCUCCUUCAGCAGGAUCGUGUGUGGUCCCAGGGCAGCCGGGAAUGUGAGCCAGAAUCCGUGCCAAGCGAAGACAAGGAAGGCGAAGGGGGAAUGCUCCCGAGCGCGUGAAACCUGGAGCGCGAGAGGGCAAAACCUGGAUCGGAGGCGCCGCGAUGACUCUGGUGCUGCCCCUGAGCAGCUUCUGCGAGCCCAUUGUCUCCUCCGAAGGAGCCGCCGAGUUCCAGCCGCUGUGGGAGUCGCGCUGUUGCAGCAAGAGCAGCCCCGCCUCGGAUGCAGCCGCCGCCGCCGCCAGCAGCAACCCGGGCCAAGCGCAGCCGCUGCCGCCGCCACCGAGCAACGACAGCAGGGCAGCGGCUGGGCAGCCCCCGGCGCCAGGAUCUCACCACAGAGGAAUUUCAAAUCCUGUAACAACAUCCAAGAUCACGUACUUUAAAAGGAAAUAUGUGGAAGAGGAGGACUUCCACCCCCCACUCAGCAGCUGUACACCUAAAACGAUAUCCGUCUUUGAGGAGCGGGCGCAUAUCCUUUACAUGUCUUUGGAAAAACUGAAGUACAUUGACGACCCCGAAGUCUACUUAAGGAGAUCCGUCCUCAUAAACAAUUUAAUGAAGAGAAUUCAUGGGGAAAUUAUCAUGCAAAACAACUGGUGCUUCCCUGCUUGCUCCUUUGGGGGCCCCUCUGCCCAGGAGUGGUUUGUUUCUCAUGACUGUCCUUAUAGAAAACGCCUUCGGAUGGCAAGGGAGGACUGCGAAAAGAUCCACACCUGCUGUUUUUACCAAGAAUGCAACAGCCACUAUUUAAGUUUGCCAUUGUCUGCUAAUUCUGCAAUGGGAAAUUCCUCUUCUUCCUCCUCCUCCUCCUCUUCUUCUUCCUCCUCCUCCUCCUCUUCUUCCUCCUCCUCCUCCUCUUCGAUAUCUAUGCCAAGUUGUUCCCAACAGGCGGAAUAUGGUGUUGGCAGCACCCCAGUUUACCGGAGCGAUGAUCAGAUACACAUCAAUGAAAUUUUCAUUACUAAUGCUGGGCUGCAUGGGAACCAGGACAAGACCGUAUUAACCGAUGAGAAAGGAAGCCACGAUAUAGAACGAGACCGUGCCUCAGAUUGGGAGCCUAUGAAAAGUGACCAUGGCAUUGCAUGUAAAAGCAAAUGUUAUGAUUAUUUUGAGACGGGGCGUGCUGACAAGAGCAACAUGAACGAAUCUUGGAAGAAAUCGUUACGGAAAAGGGAAUGCUUACCAGGUGGCAAAAUAUGUUGCAGUAAAGGAAGUAAAAUAUGAACCACCUUCCUAAUAACUGCAGUUCUAAAGCACGCACAAGCAUGUUGAAUUUAUCGAACAAUAUUUCAUUCCGGAUGAAUUUUUCUGAUACUUUUAUACCGCCAAUACAAUCAUAUCACAAGCUUCAUGGAUAGUUUAAAGGACUUGGCAGCAGAGUGUGUUGGAGCGUAUGUAUGUAUGGUCUGCAUCGCAGAGCUAUUGAUACAUAUAUGGAAUCUUCAUAAAGAGCUCAGUUGAAUUGCAAUGUGUAUUUUAGCUUUUGUCGCUGAGGAAAACCAAUAAACCAGAUGGAGAAAACAAACAACCCUUUUCACCUAGCCCCCUGGGGAGUCUGACAUGUAUUAAGAGGAAUCUCCUUUGUGCAUAUCAAUUAAUUAUAUAUCUGAUAAACAAAUUAUUACCAGCAAAGGGGGAGGUCUACUUCUUGCCCAAGAAUAAUGGCCGUGAGAAAGAGUAGGGAGAGUUGAAGAGGAAAACAUCCAUAUCGUUAUCUAGUAUUGAUACCAUUCAGAUGUAUUUAUGUGUCUGGUUCAAGUGACCCAACUGGUUGCAAUAAGACCUUUUAUGGAAUCUUAAUCAGAAGCAAACAGUUCCAGCACAUGCACAGUUUUCAGCUAAGCUGCAAGAAUGAGUGAGCCUUAUGGUGGUUUGUUGCUAUAAAGGGCAGAAUUUCUUUGGUGCCUUACUUUUUAAUCUUAAUUUUUCCAGGGUGAAAAUUAAGUUGUUGUUGUUGUUUUUAAAAAAACAAACAAACAAAUGAAAACAGAAACAGCUUCAGCAGGGAUGUAACCUAAACAGGAAAUAAAAUAAUAAUAACAGGGUGGAUCGAAUAUUAUUAGAAACCUGUAUCCUUUGAAAUACUGUGUUUGAUUUCCUAUUCAAAUGCAUCUAUUCUUCGUUUUUGCUCAAUUGCUUUUUGAUUUGCCAUAGUUAGGAAGGAUUGAAGAAGAAGAAGAAACAAUAGAGAGAUGUCUCUUGUAAACAAGCAUUAGCGGCUUGAACAUUUCUAUGGCAACUGUCUGUUGCUGUGAUUUUUCCCUUUUUUUCCUGGUAUAAUGAAGUUCAUGAACCAGUGGCAUGCUUUAUACUUUAUUCUGUUUCACAUCAUUUUCUCUCUUCAAAAUUGUAAAGAGCAUGUACUGGGGUUUCAUAUAACUUUAGGGUUUUUUUUUAUUUUGGGGAAGAAAAGCACAAUGUUACUAAAUGAUGUGGUGAUAUAAGAUUUUAUCUGAAAUGAAUGUAAGGGUUUUAAUUUUUUUUUAAAAGAUUACCUUGGAGAAACAGGGGGGAUAAUCUUCAAUUGUAAGAAGCACAUUUUGUUCAUUUUCAGGUGUCUUCAAUUUAAAACACACAUUUUGAGCAGGAUCUGGCUGAAGUUCAGCCCGUUUGAAUCCCACACGUAACAGGGGGAGGGUUAGGCACACCAUGAAUUUUGCCCCACUGAAAUCACCAAGAUAUUUUGAUUGCUGAAAGAACCAACCAACCAGAUGGGGGGGGGGGACACCCAGCUCUUUACAUUUAUCCUCCCCACAGGAGAGCAAGACCUGAAUUAAGAGCAAUCUUAAUUUUAGCACAACGCUUAACUUUGACUGAAUCUUGCCCUUGUUUUUGUUUAGGGGCAAAUGAAGAGCGUCCUUUAACUGAGACUUACUCUAUGUUUCAGUCACCACAGAAUUCCAAAUUAUCAGCAGGGUGUAUUCAAUUGUAACCUCCUGUCACACACCCCACACACAAAAGAAAGGUGUGUGUGUGUGUUUGAUCUUCAAGGCCUGUUUGCUGUUCCCUUAAACCUCUAUUUUUUAUUCCCAGUGCAAUAGCCACAUGGAUUACUCAAAUAACUAUGGGCACUUCCAGAUUGUGCUAUUUUCGAGUGGGAUUCAAUCAUGUACCAGCAGAUUCAGAUUGUGCUGUUGAUUUAACCUGCAAAUCCCCCACCUGCAAAUUCAGACUUUUUGUGAUAUGGAAAGUGAUGGGAAAAUGUGCUGGAAAACGUCUAACCUACCCAUAAACAAACUGGGAUGAAGGCACAAUAAAUAGGUCAUCGGAAAGUGACUUCUAUAGUAUCUCUCAAAUCUCUCAUUCCUCACCCUACAGUCUACAGGUUGCAGACAAAGGGGCCAAGUGAGGCUAAUUAACUAUUCAGCAGCUCCUGUUCCCCUAUGGGCACACUUUUGAUGCAGUUCUCAGCCAGCAUGUGAUAGGAAGGACUUCUGCCAGAGGGCUGCUGCCAGCCAGAGCAUACAAUAUUUGGCAAGAUGGAUACAGUGUCUGGCACGGUAUAAGGCACUUCCUAUGCUCAGGUUUGACCUGAGAACCCGUUCGACCUAAUUGCAGAUAUGGAAGGUCCAUUGUAGCUCCUCAAAAUAGAUCCCAGGGAUUAUCUGUAUGGUGGUGGCCUAGGUACCUGCAACUAGCAACCAGUGAGAAUUUCCCCUGGUUUUAUUUUAACAGUGGAACUGGGAGCUCACUGUAGGGACAAAGCUGAAAAUGUGGUAGGGAUUUUAAACCAAUUUGAAAUAUGUAGGGUUCAGGAAUGUGAGUGGGCAGUGCAGUGGGUGACCUUGCUGUGCCGUUAUCUGUUUGUGACACCCAUGGGCCACCAGGUUAGCCAAGCUGUUAUGCUUCCACAUCUGCUGCAAGCCAGAGCUGAGCAGGGGAAGAAGGAUAAUAUGGGUGGAUUUUAACAGGGCUUCCAAAUCUGAGAACGUGGGACUAGUCAUAGAACUACACAAGCAAGCAGAUGGGUCAGGUGAGGGACACUCCAACAGCUGGGAAGGGAUGCAAAGCAGAAAUCUCAAGACCUUAGGAGCCAGCCAUGAAGAAACAAGUCCUUGACCAGGGACAACUUCAUUACGGAUUUCAGUGUUUUCCUUUGUUCUAUUCCACCCACCCACCCUCCUGCAUUCUUUUUAAAACACCUAGGUGAGAUUGCACAGUAGACCAACACAUUCUGUUGUCAUCGUUAACAGCUUGUCAUUUGCAUAAGGUAUGAUUGUGUUGAAGAUAUUUCUACCUUUCUUGGGUGUAUUUCUUGGAAAUACAAAGACAAAAUUCUGCAGAGAAUUAAAUAUAACCUUUAUCUAUGCCAAAAGCAAGAAAUUUGCAAGGAUGAUCAAUUCUAAUAUUUUUAAAAAUUAUCCUACCUUAUUUCUCCAAGACAAAAGCAUUUUUAAAAAUAGCUAUCAAUAUUAAAUAUAGGUCUCAUUCAUACAGUGUAUGAGUAGGAUCAUUUAGUCAUUUGUCCACAUGGACCUUUUUUUUUUUAAUUGCUGAUUUUUCUUGUGUUUAUAUUCAGUUGAGAAUAGAAAAAUCUGUUCUUUUCCAGUAUAUGUCAAACAUCUGAUGUUUUAAGCUUAGAUAUUUAGGUACUUGUAUACUAAGUGGUGUUGUAGUAAAGUGAGUUUUUUUUCUUGAUAUAUAUUUAUUAAAAUGAUUAAAAAAAUCAUUUUGAUUUAAAACCUUUAAA